AUGCGAAUCAACGAGGCUAACAAUAAAGUCAAGCUCCCUGCACCAACGAAUGGCCCAUCGAGUCAACUGAACGGGAACCAUGAUACGCCAAGAGAUUUUGACAGGCUGGGUUUGCUACAAAUCGAUUCAUACUCUGAUGGCUAUAUUGAUAUAUUCGCCUGGCUAGUCAUGUUCGUCGCUUUUCUGUAUCGAUGGCUUUCGCCGGCACGACAAUUUGACGAUUCCGAAGUUACACGUUUCGAUGCUUAUUCCGACGAAAAUGCAACACGCUCGCUAUCCUCUCCAGCUUGUUUAAACACCGAGGAUUGUACAGGAAGUUUUUCUAACGAUCGCAGCAGCGAUGGCGCUUCUGAAGAAAUUGAGCAGCGAUCUAUCAUUGAUAUCGACCAUCACCACCAGGCAGCUACUACCAAUUGCCUCGCGGGCAGUCCACGCUUCGAAACGCCAUCGUUCCAUAUCGACAUUCUUGCUGUUUCAUCAAGGCUGAAUUCAUUCAUAUUUGGUUCUAAAAAAGUGCACGCUUCGGAUGACUCAUCACAUCACAUUGUGGAGGAGGAUGGCUUGAACUGUUCAGAAAUAUCGAAGGAAUCGAGGUUUAAAAAGGAAGCACGUAAUGACAGGGAUGAGUACACCGAGCACACUGUCACUGUUCUUUUCACUCCAUGCUUCACUAACGAUCACGAUGCUAGCAUUGUGCUUCCUGAUCCUGUCGCUCUGAAUAUAACAUCUCUUGUGUUGUCCAACGAUAUAAAAUCUGCCGGUGAUGAUUCCUCCACUCAUAGCUCCUUUUCACUCCAUGUAAAAUGUGCUGACGAAGAGAUAUCCAAUGACGUCGAGAAUACUACUCCGAAUGGUAAUGCUAAUAUGAAAAAGUCAAAAACGGAUGAUAAUUGUUAUCAAACUCCAGAAGAUUACUAUGGGAAUGUAGGACCUUGGACGAAGCCAGUGUCUUUCCAAAAUUUUAAACCUGGUGAAGAGUACAAUAACUGGUCUGGAAGUCCAGGCAGCGAAUCAGCUGGUCACCGGAGUGGUUCCAGUGAAGAUGGCGAGCCGGCUGUUCAAGAGGAAGUCUUGGGCUCGGAUGAUGAAGAGCAGGAAGAUCCCCGGGAUUACAGGCGUGGUGGAUAUCAUCCUGUUAAUAUAGGCGACGUCUUCAAUAGAAGGUAUCAUGUUAUUCGCAAGUUGGGAUGGGGUCACUUCUCGACCGUUUGGCUGUGUUGGGACACUAAAGACAAACGAUUUGUUGCAAUGAAAAUAGUGAAAUCGGCGGACCAUUACACCGAAGCCGCACAAGAUGAGAUUAAGCUUUUACUCGCCGUGCGGGAAGCUGACCCUGAGGAUCCCGGUUGUCAGAGAGUGGUCCAACUGCUCGAUGAAUUCACUGUCAGCGGUGUCAAUGGUGUUCAUACUUGUAUGGUUUUUGAGGUACUCGAAGGUCUCAGGUAUUUGCAUGAGAAAAGUAAAAUCAUUCAUACCGACAUAAAGCCGGAAAAUGUAUUAGUAACGAUGAGUCAUGAGGAAAUCAAGGUACAAGAGAAUAUGACGAAAAACAAGAAGAAGAAACUCAAGAAGAAGGCGAAAAAGCAGCGAGAGCUGUUGGAGUCGCAGCUAGCCCAGAUGGAAGGGCUCACUGUUGAUGCGAAUGCCAUUCAAGAAGUACUUAACAGUGCUCCAAAUUCUGCACGAGGCCAUGGGAUACCUCCUCCACCCACGUUGAUGAGUAGUCCACCCGCAGGCCCGGUGCCACAGUUGCUACAGAACUGUGGAAUGGGCGAGCUGCAACAGACCAUGUUCUGUAAUCCCACAUACCAUUCGGUACAGCAGGAAGGAGAUUGUGUCACAGCUACCAUCGUCCAAGACAUUAGUGAUGGCGAAGCAGAUAUUCAUGGACCGCCUCAACAGGUACUCAGCCCCGCUCCAAUCGAUCGUACAAGUCUAAGUCCUCCCAGUGACACUGAAUUGCGGAAUGCCAUCGAUACUCACCCCGCUUUUGGAUUCGCAGAUACUCCAUUGUCACCAUCGAAUCCCUUUUCUAUGCAACAACUUCCAUCCGUCUUGCCUACUCCCCCUGUGGGACCAAAUUUGAACGAUCCCUACGCUGACAUAGAAGUAAAAAUAGCUGAUCUGGGCAACGCAUGUUGGACCCACCACCAUUUCACAGAAGACAUACAAACAAGGCAGUAUCGGUCGUUAGAGGUUUUAAUAGGAGCCGGUUAUGGCCCUCCUGCCGACAUUUGGAGUACCGCAUGCAUGGCGUUCGAACUCGCAACGGGCGAUUACCUUUUUGAACCGCACAACGGUGAUAACUACUCUCGGGAUGAAGAUCACCUUGCUCAUAUUUGCGAAUUACUUGGAUCAAUUCCUCCGUCUGUAUAUAAAAAGGGACAACAUUGGAAAGAGUUUUUCAACAAGCAAGGUCGUCUCCUUCAUAUACAUCAACUGAAGCCAUGGCCUCUUCUUGACGUUCUUCGUCAAAAAUAUGAUUGGCCUUUCGAGCAGGCUCGGCAGUUUGCUUCCUUCCUCAUUCCGAUGCUCGCGUUUGACCAGGAUGAGAGGAUCACUGCUGCUCAAGCGCUGGAGCAUGACUGGUUGAAACCGUUUGGAGGAAAACCUCCGCCACCUGAUGUACCUCUAGAGGUACUGAGGAGGAUAUAUCCAAAUGGAGAGAUACCAGGAGCGAGGCCGGCAAACUCCAACACAGCAGUUGUGAACGGUAGCGAUGUGCGAGAAAUGGACGUGGACCUUGAGCAAGCGGAUUGCCGAUGUGACGAGCUGCUCGAAGGUGCUGCAGGUGCCGAAGUAUAG